AUGAUUGGCGUGGGGAACGCUGCUGUGGUGUUCCGGUCGAAAAAGGACAUCGAUCGCCAUGUGCAAGAACAGUUCGAGAAACUCAACAGCGAACAUGAGAAAAAGCUUAAAGGAUUAGCUAUUGCCCGUAUGUAUUUCAAAGUAUCUGAAUUUGAGUUAGCUAAGCAAUAUGUUAUUAGCUUUUUGAGCGUGAAUGAGAAUUCCCCCGAAGGACGACGAUUACUUGGUCAUUGUUAUGACAAAAUUGGAAAUAAAGAAAAAGCAGUUUUAGAGUACCAAAAAUCUUUAACUUCAUCACCUAACCAACCAGAACUACUAUUAUUAUGUUGUGAGCUUAUGGUUGAUCCUUCUGUUAAGUUAAAUGAAGUUCAAGCUGAAAAAAUAUGUAAGCAAACAGAAAAUUUAUAUCCUUAUCAUCCUACUGUUUAUAAACUAAAGGAGAGAUUAUUAGCAUCAAAUGAAAACUGUGAUCCUCAUAAAGUAGAGAAUUUGCUUAAUGCUGAAAUAUCUGUUAGGCCAGAGGACAUUAAUCUUAGAAUUAGACAGUUAAAAUUAUUUGAAAGUUCUGGACGCUUAUCUGAAGCUUAUUCAUAUGCAAUCAAUAUAGAAAAAAAAUGCAAGUUCCAAAAAGAUAAUGUUGAAUGGUAUGAGACCGUUUCUCAGAUAUGUGAAGCAUAUGGUACUUUAAAUACAGUAAAUUGGGAAUUCUAUUCACGGGUAUUGCCUAUUUAUGAACAUGCUGCUUCUUUAUUUAUUAUUGAAUCAAAAACAAACAAGCAAAAACCUGUAUCGGAAUGCUAUAAAGUUCUUUUUAGACUUGAUCAGGCUCUAUAUAAAGCUAUACAAAUAUCAUCUCCACAAACAGAGUUUUACCGAAGUCUCAUUCAACAUUUAUCAAAUCAGUUUUAUUUUCACUUAGCUAGUGCUAUUUUAAAAUUGGCCAAAAAAGAAAAUUCAACUUCUUGGUGUAAAAGUAACCAAUUGUCAGCACCGUUAUUUUUAAUGUCCUUAGCGCCUCCGAUUGACAAACAAGCUUUUGAAAGUAUAACAAAUAAAGAAUUUAGUUUGGAGCAAAAAUCAAAUGUUGCGUUAUGGGAAUUAGAAGGUACCAGACGGAUAAUUGAGAGUGGCUUUGUUUUACGCGCAAUGAUGGCAAAAGAGGAUGAACAUUUUAUUGAUAAUGUUAAACUAUUGUGUAUCAAGGAUUGGAAAACAACAAACUAUAAGAAAAUAUUUGACGAUCCAGAAUAUGCUAAAGGACUUCCAACAUCAUUUUUUAUUCAUUAUUCACCAGAAAAAUUAGUCUACAAUAUUCCAGAACUAAUACAGUAUGCUGUACCUAAACAUAUGUUGUCAUUUGAGAUGAGUCGCCCUGGUUCAUUACAUCAUUUAGUUUGGUAUGGAAUACAACUAUUAGAAAGUGAAAACAAAGGAUGUGGACUAAGAUUAACAAAGAACACAGUAUUUCCAGUUGGGUUUGGAUGUAAAAGUUUUAAUGAAUUACCUUUGGCUACUAAUUCUCUUGCAUCUGCCAAUAUUGAGUCGAUAUGUCAAAUAGAUAUGAAUACAUUUUUAUACGCUACAGUUUUUAGUAUUGCUUCAUUCCUGGAUAACCAAUUACAAAAAAAUGAUUCCAAAGCACCACAGACAUUUCCAUCUAAUAUAACUAAUCAAUUGACAACAUCAGAACAAGAGAAUUGGUGGAAAUCAAUGUACAAGAUUUAUUCAAAAAAUGUUGAUGUUAAAUAUGUAUCACAAUUAAGAAAAGCUGCUAUUCAAGGAUUAGAGUCAAUUCGAUUAAUUGGAAAUCAUGGAAUUGAUGUUCAAUUAAUGGUGUAUUUGGCAAAAAACUUUGCUAGUCAGGCUAACAAAAUAAUGGAUAACUUCCUUUUAAAAGAGGGACUAGAAAAACGAGCUUCGCUUUAUUGGAGAAUGGCUAUACAGUUACUUGAACGCAUUAAUGAACGUGGAGUCGAACAUAAGUCAAAAAAUACAUUGUUUGAAUUUUACAGAAAAAAAUUGACUCCAGGAGAAAUAUUUGAAUUAUUGGAGGAAGGUAAAUUUUAUUUAGCUUGUCAGUUAAUGAACAGUGAAGAAAAUGAAGAAGCAAUAGAAGCAUUCAAAAACAUUAAUUCACCAUACGCAUCAUUUUACCAAGCAAUGAUUUAUAAAAAAAUGAUAAAAUCGCCUUCUUUUGACACUUCUACUGAUACAUCAUCAGAAGCAAAUAAUAUGGUAAUGGUGAAAGUUAAGGAAUUACUAAAUAUUACUAAAGAUCGUUUAAAGAAAAAACCUCAUCAUCCAUUGCACUUGCAAUUAAAAGAAGAGUUAUUAGAUUUAAAAUUAGAUGUUGAUAUGAAUGGGACACUUAAUAGUCAAUCUAAUUUAAACUUAUCUGGAGAAGAUUAUAGUGAUGCUGUAAAUGUAUCAAGGAAACACAUGUAUAAUAAAUUUGGAGAUCGAUCCUUUCUUAAUGUUACUAGUACUCCCGUUAAAUCACCGCUCACUCCAACCCGAAGAAUUUUAGAUGAAGAAACUGAUGUCAAAUUAUUGAAUGAAUUAAAAGUAACUGUACAAUCACAGAAUGUACAGUGUCAAACCUUAGGAUUGCAGUAUUAUAAUAUGAUAGAAUCAUUAAGGUUAAUGUCUGAAAAGGUUGAUAAAUUAUUUGAUCAUUUUGACAAAACAAAAGAUUCAAUAUUUGAUAAGAUAAAUGAAUUAUCUCAUCAAGUUUCCACAAAUAUUUCUACAGCUACUACAAAUGAUAAGCUUGAAAAAGACAGUAAACUAAUUGAACGUAUUGACCGACUAGAAGAAGUUUUGAUGCUAAAGCUUAAUGCUAUGAAUGAAAUGAAAACCAGACAUGAUGAUUUGUAUGGUGUAUACGAAAAUGAAGAUGAUUUUGAUAAAAUUAAUUAUGAUCAAUCAUCAUGUAUUCAAAAUGCAUUUGAUGAUCAAACUCAAUUGGCUACUAUAAGUUUUCCAACAACUCAACUGCCAUUUACGUCUUCUAUACCAUUUCAGCAGUUAGGGUUAUUUAAUCCAACUAGUCAAUCUACCCAAUUUCCAUCGUUUCCAAUGGCUCCUAACCCAAAUGUAAAUAUAACAUCGUCUGAUACUUUACCAACUGGACCUCCAGUGUCCCAGCCCCCUCUCAGUGUAAUUAUACCAACACACCAUAUUCUUGGUGGUAGUUUAAUUACAUCCGAAGCGCCAUCCCAUCCUUUCAAAUUUAAUAGCCAACAGGUUAAUAAUCAAUCUCAGUCAGUCAUAUCUCGCGGGGUACCUAGUAUUCAACCAACUCCAUCUGUUGAUCUAUCGAGUACCGAACAAAUUUCAUUUCAAUCUUCUUUGUCAACAUUUAAAGAAACUUAUGAAGCUUCAUUAAAUAAGUCUAGGAACUCUGGAACUGAUGAUAGUUAUGCUGAAGAACAUGAUCCAAUACCAGAAUUUCAACCAAUCAUACCAUUGCCUGAUGAGAUCGAAGAAGUAACUGGUGAAGAAAAUGACACAAUAUUAUUUGAAAGACGUGCUAAAUUGUAUAAAUAUAUUCAAAAGGAAUGGAAAGAAAAAGGUAUUGGUAUUUUAAAAAUAUUAAAAAACUGUGAUACAAACAAAGUUAGAUUGGUAAUGAGACGAGAGCAAGUACACAAGGUUUGUGCUAAUCAUUUCUUAUAUGACAAUAUGGAAUUGAAAUCUAAAGGCGAUAAAGCAGUUGUUUGGUCAGCUAAUGAUUUCUCUGAUGCUGUUCAAGUACAAAUUGAAAAUUUAUGUGCAAGAUUUAAAACAGUAGAAGACUGUAAUGAGUUCAGAAGAGUCUUUAAUGAAAACAAACAACCCUGUUCUCUAAAUACUUCAUCAGUUGAUCCCAACAUUACAGACGAUUACAGUGAAUCUGUUUUUGAAGUAAAUAAAGAUUCGAGCUUAAAAUUAUCUUUGGAGAAUGAAAAAUCACUUAAACAUGAAUUAGGUGGUUUCACUUUUAGUUCUCCGCCUAUUAUAAAAGAUGUUACUACACCCAAACAAAAUGAAACACCAGAAAAGCCAAAAGGUUUAUUCUCUAAUUUGAGCUUUUCAACGCCUAUUGGGAAUACAGCAACACCAAGUUUAAAAUCACUAUUAAAACCCAUGGACUCAGAAACUAAAACGGAUGUAAAUGAUAAACAUUCUUUUUCAUUUAAUACAUCAAAAUCUGCAUUAUUUUCUACAGAGACUACUACUCCUAAGUCUACAGAGAAAUCAUUAUUUUCUACAGAGACUACUCCUAAGUCUACAGAGAAAUCAUUAUUUUCAUUUAAUAAUGUGGAAGAAAAAUCUGCAAUGUUUACUCCAAAAUUAGAUUUUACAUCUGGGACAUCUGCAACAUCGUACUUUAGUACACUAGCAAAAAGUUCACCCAACCUAGGUUUCACAAACUCUCCCGAUUUCAAAGGUUUCCCAGGUGCUGGUAGCACUAUUUUUAGUGUUAAAACUAAUCCUUCCCCACAUGCCAUUAUUAAACCGGAUGAUCUCAACAAUGAAUCUUUAAACCAACCAUGUGAAGGUUCUGAAGAAUUUGUUCCAACUGCUGAAUUUUCUCCAGUUAUACCUUUGCCUGAGAAGGUAGAAGUAGUUACUGGCGAGGAAGGACUUGAAACUGUAUUUGAUGAUCGAGCAAAACUUCUCAGGUUUGAUUCAAAUACCAAAGAAUGGAAAGAGAAGGGAAUUGGACAAAUGAAAAUUUUACACAACCCUAAAGAUGAUUAUUAUCAGUUGUUAAUGAGAAGAGAAGUAAUUUUAAAAGUUUGCUGUAACCAAAGGUUGACUGCUGAUUUGGAAUUGAAACCUGUGACUUCAUCAGAAAAAGCUAUGUCGUGGGUUGGCCAGGAUUAUUCGGAAGGUGAAUGUAAGAAAGAGUUGUUUGCUAUUAGAUUCAAAACUAUUGAACAGCUUCGUGCAUUUAAAGAUAAAUUCAAUGAAAUCAAGAACAAACUCCAAAAAUUGAAGGAUGUUUCUAGCAGCUCAGAAGCUAAAGUAGUUGAAAAACAAUCCGAUAUUAAACCAGAUGUCAGUAAACCAUUACCCAACUUAAACGAUCUAGCUCAAUUUAAACCCAAACCUGGCUCCUGGACUUGUGAUGCAUGUUAUUUGUCAAAUGAUGCAAAUACUGUUAAGUGUGUUGCAUGCUGUACAAUAAAACCAGGAGCAGUUGAUGAUCAAACUACUAAAAGCCAAUCAACUACUGGUUUCACAUUUGGACAAACGUCGUUUUCAUCCUCGUUAAAAUUUGCAGACGCUUUGAGUAAUUCUCAGCCAGGCAUUCCAUUUGUUAUGCCAACAUUUGGUGGAACACCAGCUCCAGUGUCUUUUAGUUCAUUGAGCACAAGCGACCACACAAACACAUUUGGUGGAACACCAGCUCCAGUGUCUUUUAGUUCAUUGAGCACAAGCGACCACACAAACACAUUUGGUAGAAUACCAGCUGCAGUGUCUUUUAGUUCAUUGAGCACAAGCGACCACACAUUUGGUCUUCCAAUUAAGACUGCCGUCCAUCAAGAAAAAACUUUAACGUGGAGAGAAGAGAGUGCUGGACUGGAAAAAUAUGAUUCUGAUAAAAGUGAUGACGAAAGUAAUGAUGGAACUGAUGAAUCUGGCGACGAGAGUGAUGAUAAUGACAGACAAAAAUCUGUGUUUGGAAAUGAAAAAACAAAAUUCAGUUCAAAUGUUAAAAUUGAAAAGUCUUCAUUUAAAAUAGACAAUUCUUCAACCACCUUAAAAUCAUCGGAAAGUCAAGUUAAAAUAGAAAGUCCUUCAUUCUCUACUGAUAAUUCAAAUUCUUUUAAGUCAUCUGACAAUCAAGAGUCCGUGAAAUUUCUUGAUGUUAAGUCACUUAAAGAUGUGGUAUCUCAUACUGAUCAAGAACUUGCUGAAGAAUUGAAACUUCCAUUGUCGUUCUUUCUUUAUAAGUCAAAACCUAAAUGUAAAGGAUGUGUUGGCUGUGAAGAAGAUUCUGAACAUAAAGAAGAAGUAGAUGAUGAAAAUAUUUCUUCUAAGACUGAUAGUGAAAAAGAAAUUGAAAAAGUUAAAGAACAAGAUGAAGUACCUGUUAGUGUUUCCGAAUCAAACAUUACUCCGAUCACAUCAACAAAUAACAUACCACAGUCUUUUCAUACUACGUCAUUUCUUUUUGGCGAUAAAUCUUCAACAAAUAUUUUUGAAAAACAUACACCUAUUGCCCCCAUUUUUGGAUCCAAACCAAUUUUUGGAAGCUUCUCUUCGGAUUCUACUAAAACAGAUGAUACUAAAUCAACAAACUUAUUUGGUCUUUCCUCUAAUGUGAAUCCUUCAUCAAUAUUUGGUUCAUUUUGUGCUUCUGGAUCAACAGAAUCACCAAAUACUACCCAAAGUUCAUUAUUUUCUAAGACUGACGAUAUUAAAUCCAAAACAGAAGGUUUAUUCAACUUCAGCCCUAAAACUGAUAGUCCCUUCAAAUUUGGAACAAUUUCUAAGGAUCCUAAAUCAGUGUUUGGACAAGGGCUUUUUGGUCUAAAAGAUAAAACUACCGCCGAUGAAAGUGCUCUUAAAGUUAAUCCUUGGGCGGCAGGUAACUUCAAUCUAAACAAAUCCACAGAUGAGGAGAAAAAUUGUGAAAAAGCUGAAGAAAAUGGCGAGGAAGAAGUUGAUAAUAGCCAUGAUCCUCAUUUUGAACCUAUCAUACCACUUCCUGAUGCUAUUGAAGUAUCAACAGGAGAAGAGAAUGAGCAAAUAUUAUUUUGUGAACGUUCAAAAUUAUUCCGCAAAGAUGGUAGUGAAUAUAAAGAAAGAGGUCUUGGUGAAAUGAAAGUAUUGUUUCAUCCUGAAAGGAACACAUACCGUUUCUUAUUUAGAAGAGAAAAGGUGUUCAAAGUUGUAUGCAAUCACUUGAUUACGUCGGAUAUAAAGCUUGGGGCUAUGACAUCUUCAAACAAGGCGUUUUGCUGGCCUUGUAUGAACACAACUGAAGAUCAUCCUGAGCCACAAAAAGAGAUGCUGGCUGUACGUUUCAAAAAUGAAGAGAUAGCUGGCAAAUUUAAACAAGUGUUUGAUGAUUGUGUAUCAAAAUUAAGUGCAUAA